AUGGGCGAUCCACUAUCCGUCGCCGCUAGCGUGGCCGGCUUGCUGUCCCUCGGCCUGCAGAGUACAGAAUAUCUAUACCAUUACUACGCCGCGUGCCGAGAUCAACAUCGAGAUCUCGCCAAAAUCGCAGACCAACUCGGCGGCCUCCUCGAGUGCCUCCAGAAUAUCGACCGGACUAUACACACGCGCACAUGGCGGCCCAAUGAGCAGGCAAUCAUACAAAGUAUUGAAAAGUCCAUCACCCGCAGUGAGGACACGAUAAACGGGUUACAAGCUGAGGUUGACAAGUUUAAAAAGGAGCCUACGGACGACUGGAAGAAAAAGGCGGUAGUCCUUGGGCGAAGGGCGGCCUACCCAUUCAGAAGGAGCACUUUAGAAGAUCUCGGCGACGAUGUCAGCGAUUUUCGGGAUAACUUGUCGAUCGCGCUACAGGCGCUUCAGCUGAAAGAACAUCAAAACACGCAAGACGACAUCCAAGAGGUCAAUACCAUCGUCAAGAACAUACAGGCACGAAGUGUCAGUGCCGACCUACAGCAGUGGCUAAAGGCACCGGACGCUACCGUCAACUUCAACGUCGCAGUUGCCAAGCGGCACGCCAGCACCGGCCAAUGGUUGGUCCAAGGUCCGGCUUACACCACAUGGCUGCUGCAGGACAACUCAUUCCUCUGGUUGUAUGGCUUCGCUGGCUGUGGCAAGUCCGUGCUGUGUGCGACGGCAAUCCAGCACGCCUUUCGUCGCCGACAAUUAUCCGCCGACAGUGCAGUGGCUUUCUUCUUUUUCGAAUUUAGAGACGAGUCGAAACAAGAUGCCUCCGCAGCGCUGCGUGCAUUGCUGCUCCAACUCUGUGGGCAAGUACCGGACCUGGCAGCAGACUUGACACGCCUGAAAGAUUCAUAUAAUCAUGGCACUCCACCGGUUCCGGUACUACUGGAAUAUUUGCGACAAGCCGUGGCCCGGAGCCGCCACACCUACAUUCUACUCGACGCACUGGAUGAGAGCCCCCUAGAUGUGUCACGAGCUGAAGUUCUAUCAGUGAUUGACACCUUACGACAAUGGCAGUUGCCAGGCUUGCACCUCUUGGUCACCAGUCGAGAUGCUCCUGACAUUCGCGAUCACCUGCAAAUUUCUACAUUUAAUCAGAAUGUAGAGCAUAUUUCGCUAAGAAACGAGAGCGUUCGGGACGACAUUUCUCGAUUUGUAGCAUUUCAAGUGGACCACGACCCUCAGCUUCAGCGCUGGGGUGAUCAUCGAGAACACAUCAAAAGCUAUCUGACCGAACAUGCAGGUGGCGUGUCAAUUUCGCUGGGUCGAAUGCCAGCUUCGGCCGUUACAGCACUGUCCCCGGACCUCGAGUCACGAGAGGAGGCGCAACAAAUCCUUAUGCUCCUGUGUCAUGCAUCGCGGCCUCUGUCAGUUGACGAAGUUAUCGAGGCUCUCGCCGUGGACAUCGAUGAUCUCGAGUGCUAUGACCCUAAAAGGAGAUUUACUGGGGGUGCAGAUGAUAUCCUCCGGAUUUGUCCUGGUCUCGUUGAGAUCACUUUCCAUCCAGAUGGUGUUCAGGAAGUCCGGAUUGAACAUUUCUCGGUCCAGGAGUACCUUCUCUCUGAUCACAUCCGAAACGGUCGAGCGAUCGACUUCGCUUUGUCAGGGCCAUCGCAGCAUGGGCGGAUUAGCAGGGUUUGUCUACUAUAUCUCCAACACGAUGAAUUUCUGCGACAAGUUCUAAGUCCAGAUUUGGUGAGGCAGUAUGCCUUUGCGAGAUAUGCUGCAGCGUGUUGGCACUGGCAUUAUCGCCAAGCUGACCUUCAAUUGGCCCCACAGUUAUCGAAAAUGGUUAGCACUCUGUUGAUGACAGACUGUGCGAAAGAGCGUUGGAUCCAGCUACACAACCCAAACCGGCCAUGGGACGAUGAGGUGGAUUAUAAUAUGACUGCCGUAGCUCAUCGUUCGGCAAUAUAUUAUGCUUCCUUACUUGGCCUUGAUGAGGUAUUAGUGGUUUUACUGUCUACGUUACCAGGAGAUGUCCUCACACAAGGAGACAAGUAUGGCCGUGCGCUCGAGGCCGCAUCGCGGGGUGGCCAUGCAAAGGUGGUGCAGAUACUGCUUGACAAGGGUGCUAAUGUCAACGCACAGGGAGGUCAUUAUGACAAUGCACUCCAGGCCGCAUCAUUAUAUGGCCAUGACAAGGUGGUGCAGAUAUUGCUGAAUCAUGGAGUCAACGUUGAUUAUCAAUCAGGUCCCUAUGGCAAUGCACUAUAUGAAGCAUCAUACCGUGGCCAUAAGAAGGUGGUACAGAUGCUACUUGACAAUGGAGCUGAUGUCAACGCACAAGGGGGUGAGUAUGGCAACGCACUUCAGGCUGCAUCAUCAGGGGGCUUGCAGAUGCUGCUUCACAAGGAUGCUGAUGUCAACGCACAAGGGGGUGAGUAUGGAAAUGCACUCCAGGCCGCAUCAUCAAGGGGCCGUGAGAAGAUAGUGCAGAUGCUGCUUGACAAGGAUGCUGAUGUCAAUGCCCAAGGAGGUAUGUAUGGCAACGCACUUCAGGCUGCAUCAUCAAGGGGCUGUGAGAAGAUAGUGCAGAUGCUGCUUCACAAGGAGGCUGAUGUCAACGCCCAAGGAGGUGUCUAUGGAAAUGCACUCCAGGCCGCAGCAUCAGGGGGCCAUGAGAAGAUAGUGCAGAUGCUCCUUGACAAGGAUGCUGAUAUCAACGCCCAAGGAGGUCGCCAUGGCAAUGCACUCCAGGCCGCAUCAGAUGAAGACCAUGGAGAAGUGAUACAGAUACUACUUGAAAAGGGUGUCAGAGUUAACUCCCGAGGGAAACGUAAUAAUGUACUUUAUGCAGCAAUGAGGGGUGGUCAUAAGGAGUUGGUGCAGAAACUGCUCAACACAUGGCCAUGA